UUUACAUUCUGUUCUCGACGUCGCGUUCAUUGUGGGGAGCCAUUACCCUUGUCCGCGCUAAAGCAUCGUGCCAUAUUCCCAUUCGCACCCUAAAACUAACAGCAUUCUAGUAGUUUUAAGUGAAAUAUUAUGAGAGUGAAGACCGAAAUGGACGACGACGAAAAGGGAAAACUCUUUGUUGGAGGAUUGUCUUGGGAGACAACGCAAGAAAAUCUGCAACGUUACUUCGGUCGUUAUGGCGAAGUAAUUGAUUGUGUUGUUAUGAAAAAUAGUGAAUCUGGACGUAGUCGUGGAUUUGGAUUCGUUACAUUUAGCGAUCCUGCUAAUGUUCCUUUGGUUCUUCAAAAUGGACCACAUCAACUUGAUGGACGUACAAUUGAUCCAAAGCCAUGUAAUCCACGUACACUACAAAAACCAAAACGCAGUGGUGGUUUUCCAAAAGUUUUUCUUGGCGGCCUUCCAAGUAAUGUGACAGAAACUGAUUUAAGGUCCUUCUUUACUCGAUUUGGGAAGGUUAUGGAAGUUGUCAUUAUGUAUGAUCAAGAAAAAAAGAAAUCGAGAGGAUUCGGCUUUCUCAGUUUUGAGGAUGAAGAUGCUGUGGACCGAUGCGUAGCGGAGCAUUUUGUCAGCUUAAAUGGAAAACAGGUUGAAAUUAAACGUGCUGAACCACGAGAUUCUUCAAGUAAAAUGAAUGAUAGUCAUCAAGGUCAAUGGGGUCCACCUCAACAAGGUGGGCCGCCAAUGGGUAUGGCUGGGAAUAUGGGACCUAUGGGUGGUCCGAAUGGUCAGAUGGGUGGACCUAUGAUGGGUGGUCCUAUGGGACCUCCUGGAAAUAUGAUGCAACAAUAUCAAGGUUGGGGUACAAGUCCUCAGACUGGUGGAUAUGCUGGAUACAGUACUCAGUAUAAUACUCAAGGAUGGGGUGCACCACCAGGACCACCACAACAACAGCAAAUCCCACCACCGCCACCGCAUCAAUGGGGUAGCAGUUAUAAUGUCCAGCCUGCAGCAGCAACUCAAGGUUAUGGAAGUUAUGGUGGGCCGGCGGCGGCCGCUUCAGGGGGCUACGGGCCCACGGCGGGUACUGGCGGGGCUGCGGGGGGCGGGCCCGGGGGUUCUUGGAACUCCUGGAACAUGCCACAGAAUGGGCCCCCUCCUGGGACCCAGCCACCACCCCAGCCCCCUCAACCCAACUCCUCGCAGCCCAACUCCAACUCGAACCCCUCUGGCCCGCAGGGUGAUAUGUAUUCACGACAAACUACCGGCUCAGGUGCACCUGGAACUAGUAGCAGUUCGGCUAAAACACCGGAUUACAGUGGCUAUUCCGCAUAUGGUAAUUAUGCUGAUACCACGUAUCCUCAACAACGUUCAUAUACGGGAGGAGAAAGCAACCAAGAAAAGAAGACAGCAAAAAGCAUUUCGCAGUGUGGAUAUAUAAACUUUUGAUCCUUAAACGAGAGGAGGUGAAAAUCGUGGGAAUACGAAAAAAACUUUUUUUCGUUUGAGAAAAAAGAGAAAAAAUAAGGUUCAAUCAAUCGAAACGAGUCAUCUACUUAUUUUCUUAUGGAUGAAAAAGGGUAGAAAGUUUGGAUGAGAGUCGAGAGGAGAAAGAGGAGGAUAAGUGAAAAUCUGAAAGCGGAUAGAGUAAUCGAGAGUACAGUCAGAAAAAGAGAAAAAAAUAUACAUGUGAAUCAAAAAGAAAAAGAAAAAUUCGAUUGCAUGCAUUUGACGUCAUUGUAGCAGUUUUAAUUAUUCAUUUAUUCAUUGACAACAACAUUAUUAGUCGAUGAACUUUUCCAUUAGAAAAUUUUGCAUAAACGAAAAAAAGUAAGAAGAAAAGAUUUCGAUUUGAUUUUGCCACGAGAAUUUCAAGACGCAUGUUUUUAGUCAUGUUUAUAUGAGAAACGUACUGUUUAAGUUAUUCUAUUGUAUAAAAUAAUUAAAGCUACGUUCGGUAUAAAGAAUAAAUAAGUAAAUAAGUGUAAAAUUGUACAAACGAUCAUCCGUUAGCAAAGCAGUCAGAUUUUAGGAUCAAGCGAAUGGAAAUAUGAGUACAUAUACAUAUACUUACACGAAUCCACAAAGAUAUACACGCAGAUACAUAGGUAAAUAAAUGAAUUAAAAGCGCGGAUUCGAAAUCAAUGCAAUAGUAAAAUACGAAAGAGAAUGAUUAAAGAUAAUUCCAUUAUUAUCUAUGCGCGAAUACAUAUGUACAGGAUGAAUCAUGUAACGUGAUCAAAAAUAUUGGAUUUAAAUAAAAUUCUUUCAUUUAUUAUUCAAACAGUUUAAAAUAACAAAAAAAACUAAUUACACUUUUAUAAAUCAAUAUUUCAUCAGUUUUUCAGGAUAUUCAUGUUACAUGAGUUCAAUCUACACACACACAUAUCUACGCAAUAUGCAUAUAUAAGUUCUCCAUUUUUUUUUUCUUUUUUUUUUUUAUCACAGAUACAUAAAAACACGAGAGUAUCGUAUCAAAGUUAACAAGGGUACUUUACAGUAUGUACUUCAAGAUAAAUCAAAGAGCAGAAACGCUCACUGCUGAUUACGUGUUCCAUAUAUACAUAGUAAUAUGUUUAAACGUACUGUACCGAUGACUAUAAGCGUAACACUUCUCUAGAAUUAAAAGAGUGACGAUCGUAGAAGCAAGAGAAAAAAGAGUAUAGAAAACGCGUUAAAGUUCUUUUUUUAAAGUUCGUCGUCGAAUAUACCUCAUAUACGAUAAUAAAUGAUAAUCUUUGUGCAAAAAUAUUUUAGAGUGAGUUUUUAUGAGGAAGGAAGGGAGAGAGGAGGAACGAUCGGUUUUUAAUUUUUUAGUUUUAUAUCCAGAAGUUCCUAAUCAUCAUAACGUAAAUAAAAUUUACUAUGACGAAAUACCAACGUGUUAACAAACUGCUUUACUUUUUAAUCUUCUAAUCAUGCAGAAAAAAAUAAACAAAAUAUUUUACGAUACGCGUUACUCUGCGUUACGAUAGAAAUGAGAAUAGUUGAUUAUAGUCAUAUUUACAAAUCGGAAGAAAACAUAACGCGACGAGAAAACGCAUUAUUAAUGAAUAAGGAAAAGAAAGAGAGAUAAACAGAAACAUUCUGAAAAAUCGUACUCAUUAAUGCUAUACUUAUACUUAUUACAUAUUUACGAUAUGUUUCUACCUACGACGAUCUCCCUUCCCGUUGUGCGGCUGUGAGUUAAUAAUACUUCUGGAUAAUUUAGGAAAAUCAUAAUUAAAAAAGGUUAGAGAGAGUCCGAAGAGAGGCGGAGCAAUAGGAAAAAGGAAAACACCGAUUGACGAAGGCGCGCGCGAGAUUUUCGUCUAAUUAAGUUUUAAGUAAUUAAGUCGAAAAAGUCAUGAAAGUAAAGAAUAAGGAACAAAUACGAAAGAAAAUCUACACGCGUCAAACAAAGAUUUUACGUACAUACAUACACACACACGCGCGCGCGCGCGCGUAAAUACAUAAAUCCAUAAAAAAAGAAAGAGGGAGAUUUCAAAAACUCAUAAUCGUUAGGACAGUCUCACUAGCUCGCGAUUAGAUAUUUCUCUUGAAAUAAGUCAGCCUCUAAGUCAUUUGGGACCCGAAAGAAAUUUUUUCGAUUAAAUGCUAGUUAGUUUAAUCGUAAAAAUCCGUAGUUGAUAUUGGCGCUACAAGAAAGGAAUGUUUAAGAUAUAUGAGGGAUUACGUGAUAAGGGUUAAAAAAAACGAUAUGAGAGAAAGAAAAUAAAAUAAAAAAAUAAAAAGAAUGAAAACACUGAUGGCCGGUAUAAUAAGUGGGAGAGAAAAGAAAGAGUGUCAAGAAUAAGCACCAUAAACGAGCCUUAAUCCAUAAUUUACAAUUUUGCGUAGUAUGUAAUAAUGGUUAUUAAAAAAUAAAAAAAAAAUAAAAUAAAACAUUAGCUGGUACGUCCAGGUGCGAAGAUAAGCGAAACUUACAUAGGAUUGUUAUUAUGGAAACACUAAUUAAGGAAUUAAAGGUAAUGUUUAAUUAGCGAUUUAAAUGAUCAAUACGAUCUUUCAGACUGCAGUACGUAAAAUGUGUGCGCAUUUAACGAAUAUAAAAAAAUAAACGAAUGUGCAAGCCCGAUGUAUUAAUGAAUUCCUCGAUACCAUAGGUUAUCUGUUGCAUUUAAAAACAAGUAACGUGAAAGUGAUGAUCGUUUCGAUAAACAUGACUAAAUAUCCGCGAUUCUAUGAUCAUCUGACGUGAAAUUGUUAAUCUUUUUUUUCAUGUCGUGAAAAAAGAACAAAAGGGGAAAAAUACAGACAAAUAUUAAUCGAUAUACUGCUUUCACCUCCUCUAUUCUUAAAGGAUUUUUGAAACGUGAAAAUUUGUGGAUGGCCAAUUUCAUUUUUUAUUUUUUAUUAUUUCGUUAUUUUUGUAACUUGUUAAUUGCUAUUUUUCAUCUUUUUGUUAACAAUUCAGUCUAUUUGAUAUUUUUUUGCUUCUUAAUCAAUCAAUUUAUAGACGAUACACAUGCACGUACACAUAGGUACACAGAAUGGCAUACCAAACACACAUACACAUCCUUGUUUAUUGCGUCUUUGAGUUCUUAUUAUGAAACAGGAAAGAAAUGGAAAAGAAAGAUCUUUGAAAAUAUUUUAUAAAAAACAUUCUUAACUGCGUAUACUUCUACAUUCUCUCAUUCGCGAUUCCGUUUGAUCUGGAAAUAUUGUCGAGACACUCGAGAAUUUGAUUGUAUAAUUGGUGAUCGAUAAAAAAUUCUUUAUAUACUGUUGUAGUUACUAAUUUUUAUGUAGUAUUGCUACUACUACUAUUAAUAUAUUUACGUAUAAAAGUCCUGUAUUGCUGACCAGAAAAGAUCGAUACUUUACAAAUACAUCAUGACAAACAAGAUGAAGAAGAGAGACAGUCUAUAUGUAUGUGUGUGUGAGAAAGAGAGAGAGAAAGAGUAAAAUAUUGAAGCUAUUUUCGAUUUGUUGCCGUUUCCUUAAUUACUGAUUAGGAUCGAAGAAAAGCCGUACUUUCGCAUUAAUUUGUUUAAUCAUUUUUUAUACAAUAUAUCUCGAGAAUUAUAACUUAUGUUUUAAUUGCACAUUUUUUUGCUUUAAGAAUAUGUAAUGUUAAUAAUAAUAAUAAUAAGAAUAAUAAUAAUAAUAAUAAUUAUUAUUAUUAUUAUUAAUAAAUAUAAUUAAUAUCCGCGGUUAUAGCAUUUUAUCGAGGCUACUCGUUAUAAAUAUAAAAUGGCAUAUUUUUAAAUUAAAAAUCAAGCAAAAAAUAUAGUUUAAGUUUUAUAAAAAAGAAUAGAGAGAUCUCAACUCAAUCAAUUUUUUAAUGAGCUUAUAUAUUUGUUUUAUAUAGUUAUACUGAUUUAAACGGUUAUAUAGAAGCUUGAAACGGA